AUGAUUGAGUGUGAAUUGUAUGAAGAUGCUAGUGAUCUUCAAAGUCGAGAUGCAUUUGAAGUUAUUGAAGAAUUUACUGAUGAAUUAUCAACAAUGCAUGGUGAAUGUAUUGACAUUGGUUGUGGUCCUGGUAAUGUUACUAAAAAUAUUAUUUUACCAAAGUUACCAAAGGAUGCAUUAAUGACUGGAGCUGAUAUAUCAAAAUCAAUGAUAAAUCAUGCAAAAAUUAAAUAUCAAGAUGAUGACAGAUUAUCAUUUUUAGAGCUAGAUAUUGAAACACCUGAUCUUCCAGAAUUUCAAAUUGAAAGAUAUAAUAAUUGUAUAUCAUUUUAUUGUCUACAUUGGUGUCAAAAUAUGAGACAAGUUGCUAAAAAUAUUUAUAAAUUAUUAAAACCUGGUGGUAAAGGUUUGAUAAUAUUUUUAUCAUAUAAUAGUGGUUUUGAUGCAUAUAAAAAACUUCAUCAAAAUCAAAAAUAUAAACUUUAUAUGCAAGAUGUUAAUAAAUUUAUUCCGGCUUAUAAUAGUUGUCCAAAUCCAAGAUCAAGUAUGAAAAAAAUAUUAGAAGAAGUCGGUUUUCAUGUAUUGCAUUGUAGCAAUAGAGAAAAAACAUUUAUAUAUGAAAAACCAGAAGUUUUAAAAAAACAUAUUGUUGCUGUUGAUCCAUUUUUAAAACGAAUACCAGAUGAUUUAAAAGAAGAUUACAAAACAGACCUAACAAAAGCAAUAAUGGAAAAAAUGAUAUUGUUUGAAAAUAGAAAUGUUACAAAUGGAUAUAGUUUCCUUGACCGAUAUGGUUUAAUGAUAGCAUAUUUUCAAAAACCAAUUGUUUAG